GGGAAGACCUGUAAGUGAGACAAAUCAAGCCUGUGACAGCGGAGAAACUUGAGUUUUAUAACAAAUAAAUACUGAACAGAGGCUGAAAGAGAAACUGUACAAUGUCCUUAAAGCCGCGGGUGGUGGAUUUCGACGAGACAUGGAACAAGCUACUGACGACAAUCAAGGCUGUUGUGAUGCUCGACUAUGUGGAGAGAGCCACGUGGAAUGAUCGGUUCUCUGACAUUUAUGCCUUGUGCGUUGCAUACCCAGAGCCUUUGGGUGAGAGAUUAUACACAGAGACCAAGGUGUUUCUUGAAAAUCAUGUUCGGCAGUUAUACAAGAAAGUCCUGGAGUCAGAGGAGAAGGUUUUAGUGAUGUACCACAGAUACUGGGACGAGUACAGCAAAGGAGCUGACUACAUGGACUGCUUGUACAGGUAUCUCAACACUCAGUUCAUCAAGAAGAACAAACUAACAGAAGCAGACCUACAGUACGGCUACGGGGGAGUGGACAUGAACGAGCCGCUCAUGGAGAUCGGAGAGUUGGCGUUAGAUAUGUGGAGAAGGCUAAUGAUCGAGCCCCUUCAGGCUGUCCUCAUCCGGAUGUUGCUUAAUGAAAUCAAAAACGAUCGUUGUGGCGAGAACCCCAACCAGAAGGUAAUCCACGGGGUCAUCAACUCCUUUGUUCAUGUUGAACAGUACAAGAAGAAGUUUCCACUAAAGUUUUAUCAGGAAAUCUUCGAAGGGCCAUUUCUGACAAAAACGGGAGAGUAUUACAAACAGGAAGCCUCCAAUCUGCUGCAAGAAUCCAACUGCUCACAGUAUAUGGAGAAGGUUUUGGGUCGGUUGAAAGAUGAAGAGAUGAGAUGUCGGAAGUACCUGCACCCCAGCUCCUAUGCCAAAGUCAUCCAUGAAUGCCAGCAGAGGAUGGUGGCAGACCAUCUGCAGUUCCUGCAUGGGGAGUGCCAGAGCAUUAUUCGGCAGGAAAAGAGAGAUGACAUGGCCAACAUGUACACUCUGUUGCGGGCCGUGUCCAACGGGCUGCCCCACAUGAUCCAGGAGCUGCAGGUCCAUAUUCAUAACGAGGGCAUCCGAGGCACCAGUAACCUCUCUCAGGAAAACAUGCCAACCCUGUUUGUGGAGUCAGUGCUAGAGGUUCACAGUAAAUUUGUUCAGCUCAUAAACACAGUUCUAAACGGAGAUCAGCACUUCAUGAGCGCACUCGAUAAGGCUUUGACGUCUGUGGUGAACUUCAGGGAGCCCAAGUCCAUCUGUAAAGCCCCUGAACUGCUGGCGAAAUACUGUGACAAUCUGCUGAAAAAGUCUGCAAAGGGAAUGACAGAGAAUGAGGUGGAGGACAAACUGACGAGCUUCAUCACAGUGUUCAAGUACAUAGACGACAAGGACAUCUUUCAAAAGUUUUAUGCCAGAAUGCUAGCAAAGCGGUUAAUACACGGUUUAUCAUUGUCAAUGGACUCAGAAGAAGCCAUGAUCAACAAACUAAAGCAAGCUUGUGGCUACGAGUUCACAAGCAAACUCCACAGAAUGUACACAGACAUGAGCGUGAGCGCUGACCUCAACAACAAGUUCAACAAUUUCAUCAAGACGCAGGAGACGGUGGUGGACCUCGGCAUCAGCUUCCAGAUCUACGUAUUACAGGCUGGAGCCUGGCCUCUCACACACGUCCCCUCCUCCACAUUCGCCAUCCCUCAAGAACUAGAGAAGAGUGUGCAGAUGUUUGAGUUGUUCUAUAAUCAGCACUUCAGUGGGAGGAAGUUGACCUGGCUGCACUAUCUCUGCACAGGUGAGGUGAAGAUGAACUACCUGUCCAAGCCCUACGUUGCCAUGGUGACCACCUACCAGAUGGCUGUGCUGCUGGCCUUCAACAACAGUCAGACGGUGACCUACAAGGAGCUGCAGGACGGCACCCAGAUGAACGAGAAGGAGCUACAGAAGACCAUAAAGUCCCUGCUGGACGUCAAGAUGCUUAACCACGACUUGCAAAAGGAGGAGAUUGAAACCGAGUCCACGUUUUCAUUAAAUAUGAGUUUCACCAGUAAAAGGACAAAAUUCAAGAUCACAACGUCAAUGCAGAAAGACACACCACAGGAGAUGGAGCAGACAAGGAGCGCCGUAGACGAGGACCGCAAAAUGUAUUUACAAGCUGCUAUAGUGAGAAUCAUGAAGGCCCGCAAGGUGCUGCGACACAACGCCCUCAUCCAGGAGGUCAUCAAUCAGUCCAAAGCCAGAUUCAACCCAAGUAUCAGCAUGAUCAAGAAGUGCAUCGAGGUGCUCAUCGACAAGCAGUACAUCGAACGGAGCCAGACCUCAGCAGACGAGUACAGCUACGUGGCGUAGGCAAAAAGGCCAAGCCAGGAGCACUUCCACACAAACACUCGCCUGUGUGACUGACCGGCAGAUGCAGGUUUAAAACAUCAAAUAAAUAACAAAACAGACUCAUUCAUCCAUUUAGGUUUCGGACUGUGGCUGUCUGCUGUGAUUCUGUGCGAUGACUAAAAGCAGGACUGGUGCCUCCAUCUUUGAAAAUAAGAAAGCUCAUCGUGUCACGGCAGACAGCAAGCUAGCACCACCACCCACAAGACCUCCUCCCAACCCCACCCACCUUCUGAUUUUAAGCUGUUUACAACAUCACCAGUGCCACGCACCUGUGCGUCAAACGACAAAAAGAAAAUGCCUAUAGCUGAUGGAGAGGAAAGAGCUGAUAAACAUACUAGUCGACCGAAUAUAAAGGAAAAAAAAGAA